AUAAAAGAUGAGAUUUUAUUGCACCAAUGAAUAUUGUUCUGUUAUCCUCCUUUCAGAUACAUUUAACGGCUAGUAAAUGUAUACUUCGGCUGUCUAUUGUAUCUUUUUCUCGGCAUCAUACGUGAUUUGCUCUUCACCAUGUAGUCAGCAUGGUGGCUGAAUUCCACUCCAGCAUGAAGGAAUAUUUUCUGCACAAGACAUUGUUCACAGGGCUCUUUUUCUAUCAGAUCUCGACGCCUGUUCUACCACAAAUCUAUUCUUUACUGUUGCCAUAGCUAGAGCUGUGGACUUGCGGUAUGUCUGAGCUCGGCAUUGCUGGAAGUGCGGUAGGGAUCGUCUCUUUGGGUAUGCAAGUCUGCGAUGGGCUUAUAAAAUACUAUGGUUCCUGGAAGGAUGCACCAACCGAGGUGCUACGGAUGUGCCAGUCAGUGAAAAGUCUGGAAGAAAGUUUGAACGUUCUAAAGCUUAGUAUCAGAGAAGAGGGAGUAGCUACACAGGCUGAGGCUGGAAUACGGGAAGGUAUCAUCGGCUGUAAGGCUGGCAUUGAUAAGCUACAACAGGAGUUGAAUAAGGUCCAGGAGAUCCAAGGGUCAAGUGUUUGGUCCAAGAUACACGGACAAGGACGCCGACUUCUUUAUCCUUUCCGAGAGAGCACGCUGUUGAAGUUGAUGGGGAUUAUUGCCGAUAUAUGCGAGAACUUGAAUUUGGCUGUUGAAUUACUUCACCUGUAAGUCACUUUGGCAAAUCUGCUCAAUUGGUUGGUAGUGGCAUUGACAAGUCCUAGCAAUCUCACGACGGAACACGGCGCGCAGUUGGAGCAUCUCUCGGACCAAUUUCAUAGCUUGGGGCUUUCUAUCAAAGCUCAUCAUAAUGGUAGGUGUGUUCCGUAAAUCGAGUAGUUCAUACUAAAAAGAGUAAGAUCAAGAAAGCCAAUCUAUCAUCAAGUGGUUGUCCAAAAUGGAUUUCUGUCAUCACCUAACGUUCGAUUACUGUGCACCUCGCGGCAUCUCGGCGAUAUUGAAGACUUGUUCAAAGGCGCUCCGCAUCUAGAAAUUAGAGCAAGCGAUGAAGACAUUACGAAAUACCUGGACGUACACAUACAACAAGUACCCAAAGUCGUCAGGUUUUGUUGUAAAUCGGAAGACCUCAAAACGCGUAUCGUUGAGAAAUUGGUUGAAAAAGCAAACGGGAUGUUGGUUUUAGCCUAUCUCCCCAAAUGAGGUUCUUAUUGACUUGAUUAGGUUUCUUCUCGCUGAACUACACCUGGAGUCACUCAAGAGCAAGACAGAUAUCAAGAGCCUUCGGAAAUCCUUGGAUAUUUUGCCAGAGGCACGUGACGAUGUCUACAAGGAGGCGAUGAAAAGAAUCCAGCGACAACCCGAGGAUGAAGCAAGGCUGGCAAUCAUGGUCUUAUCAUGGAUCACGCAUGUAAUUAGACCACUGAAAAUGGGUGAGAUCCAGCACGCUGUUGCUGUCACCAAUUUCGAACCCGAGGAUACUACGAUUGAUGAAGAAGGUCUCGCCGAUGAGUCUGACAUCACAACUGCGUGUGGAGGAUUGGUGGUUAUCGAUCAAGAUAGUAGAAAUGUUCGUCUUGUUCAUUACACCACCCAGGAAUAUUUCGAAAAACAUCGUAGCAAGCUAUUUCCAAUGGCUCAUACCGACAUCGCGAUUGCCUCCAUUCGGUAUCUAUCAAUGGAUCAAUUCAGAAACGGUGCCUGUCAAACGCAGCGAGAAUUUGAAUCAUGGCUUCCUGAUUUUGCUCUCAUUCAAUAUGCUGUAAGGCAUUGGGAUGAUCAUGUUACCAAUGCCCAGAAUGCCGCGGUAGAGGAAUAUGCCUUCGAGUUUCUUAAUGACGGGACUCUUAACAUCUGCUGCUGCGCAAAUUGCUGA